AUGAGUUUGGGCUACAAUUUUGACGAUACAGAGGCGUUUCUGUCGUCGCUGAACACGGAACGGCCCGAAUCUGAUACUUCUAACCCGGCGAACCUGCUGGAGUUUGAAAAUUUCUCGGGUCUGGACGAUUACGCAAAAACCGAUAUCAAAGUUGAGGACGAAAUCGAUGACUGGAUAGAUUACGGUGCCCUUCAGCAGAAAUAUGUGCCGCAGACGGCUGACGACACUCCGGAGUCUAAUAAUGAGUCUGUUCCCAUGGUUUCGCCGCCGGACUCGUUCACUUCCAUGUCUGAAACGUCCUCCGUUAACCCUAAACGGGCGACGACGAAAUCAAAGGUCACCAAGGUGAAAAAAGAGAGGCACUCGCACAAUGUGGUGGAGAAGAAAUAUCGUAUGAACAUUAAUAACAAGAUCCUCGAGCUCCGUGACGCUGUGCCGUCGCUGCGGGUCGCGUCAGGGGACAAACGAAUAGCAACGACGGACCUGGACGGACUUUCACCCGCGUUGAAGCUGAACAAGGCCAACAUCCUUGCGAAAGCGACCGAAUACAUCCACCAUCUGGAGUCUAAAAAUGCGUACUUAAUGAACGAAAUCCACAUGCUACGCUCGAGUCUCGAUAACCAGAUGGCCAAUAAUUACACUCAGCAAACACAAUACUUCAAUCCGGAAACGCAACCACCACCCCAGCCAAACCAAUAUACCAACCAGAACCAGGCGUAUGUGAUGAAUUCAUCCCCUGUCCCGGCAACCACCAAACUUCUUAUGGGGGGAAUGACAGCUAUGGUUGGAACACAGCUGUUUGACGGCUUCAGCGACGACAGUUUCAAAGGACUCUUCUUGGUGCCACUGCACCGGAUUUUCCCUAUUAUUGGCUCUCCUCAGGCAUCUGUGGUGUUCAAUUAUCUGCGUACGCUACUUUUCUUUGGCGGACUUUUCAUCUUGCUACAACCUGUGUAUCAAUUUUUCACAGCUCCUAAGGAGAAAGCUCCAAUUCCAAUACGAACAGCAUUUGACGUUAGUUUGAGGGAGCUGGCGCUAGAUACGCUGAAGAUGCUGGGAAUCAAACUCAGGGUUCUCAAGCUUGAUCUAACGGAAAAACUGAAUGGCAUCAACUCGUUGAAUUUGUACUUUGAAAAAUGGCUCGUCAACACGCUUUCGAACCAGGAAACAAUGUCCUACAGCACUAUCUGGAGGCCGUUUUUCAAGUACUAUAUUCAAUCGCUUGGUAUUGAUGGCCAGAUCAUCGAGGUAGUCAAAUCCGAUGCCACUAUCCAGUUCCACUUCAACAGAUUGAUUGUUGCAAAGAUGGUGAUGAUGAAAGUGGGAGAACCCCUGAGCACUUUACUUGGUCUGCAGCGAAUGCUUGACAGUUUGAUGCUAGGAAUGGUGAAAGAUUUUAAGCAAAUCAAAGAUACAACCAAGUACUCUGACGAGACUGCUCGCAUUCUCAAAUUUGUGAGUAACGACAUCACAUUUUUGGAUAGCGCAGAACUAUUUGAAAAAUUGAGCGAUGUGUUGAAAUGGAGAGAAACCAACAACAACGGCUCUUACAUCAAGGAGUUCCUCAAAAAUUCGGGAGACUCUGAUCUUUCCCUAGUCAACUUGAUUUGUGCAAUUCGCUCCUCCCAAGUUUUGAACGACCUCAUGAAAGAGUACCUUUCCCAAUUGGCAGAAUCUACAAGCGAGCUCGAAGACUCGUGCGAGUCGCAAGUGGAUGCAGAUACAAUCUACGAAGAAGUCAACUCGGAUAGUCUGGUGAUACCACCCGCCUGUGUCAAGCUUUUAAGACUAAGAACUGUGCUGAACAGCUUGCUGAAGCCAACUGCUGAGAACGCCAGAAAAACUUUAGAGGCAGCCAUCAGCACCGUGAAAGACGUGGUCGAGUUUAGCGAGGCGAUUGAGCAGAUCGAGCCAGUGCAACAGGAUGAGUCUGGCGUUGGAGAUCCGACGAUCUCAAAAAUUCUUCAGUUCGCACACCAGCCCUUGCGCCCUCCAAAACUUGCUAACGACGAAACAAGGCUUACACUUACUUGUGUGUUAAUGCUGCACUUUUUCGAAGACGGCCAGGUGAGCCAGGCGUGCCGCCUAGUGCGCUACUUGAGCCUUUCUCAGUCUACAGAGACAGUUUCGUUGCUGACAUUAAUCAGUGUCCUGCGAGCUGUGAGUGCUUUGAUCGACCAUCUGGACUAUCUUGAAGAAGAUCCCCACAGCAGACAGACUGUGGGGUCGCUGGUUGCGUUUUUGCGGUUGCACGUCGGCUCCACCACGAAACCAUCCUUGGCUUCAAAAUCCACGACAGAAAACUCCCACCAUCAGCUAGUGGACGAUGCUGUCGAUUACGAUGUGCGAGACCUGGACUAUGAGCUGAAGAGUGGCGUCAGCCACAAGCUGGUGUAUCUGGGCCGACAACUCCUUGGUGACACCGAGAUGUGA